AUGGAUUCUACAUAUCGCCCGUCCUUUGCAAGGCAGAAACGGAAGAUCAGUGACGUGGACUCGGAGGAGGAAGAGGAAGAGGCCUACGCGAGACCGUCGUUUGGAUUUCAGGGUUUUGCGCCUGCUUUCAACCGUUCACCGUCACCUCCGACCAUGGCGUCGAAACCAGCUCGCCCAGCAUGGAAGAAUGCAACAAACAAUGGAAAGUCAGGCGGCGGAGGAAAGUCGAGCCCCAUGGUAGCCAACAGCUUUGCAGCCCGCAUGAUGGCAAAGAUGGGCUAUGUGGAAGGUCAGGGUCUUGGUACAAGUGGACAGGGUAUCCUCAAUCCUGUGGAAACGGUCCUCAGACCGCAGGGAGUUGGUUUAGGUGCGGUCAAGGAGAAAUCACAACAGGCAAAAGACGAAGCCAGACGAGAAGCUGCCAGGAGAGGGGAGGUUCUAGAAACGAGCUCCGACGAGGAACGCAAGCUGCGUAAAAAGCUCAAAGAAAAAAGGCAGCGAGAAGGGACCAGCGGUGGAAGCGGAGCCAGUACACCCAGAGGUUCAGCAAAGCCGAAGUAUAGGACAGCACGGGAGAUUGAAGCCGAUGCGGCUGGACUUGCGGUUCCCAAUGUGCUGAAGUCCUUAGUUGAUGCCACCGGCAAGGAACAGAAACUCUUGACAUCAACGGCUGGUCUGAUGACUCCAAUGGAAUUUGUUAAUGCAAAUGAAGGAGAAGCUUGGAAAAUUGCUCGACGUGCCCGUCAUGACCUCGAAGCGUUUGCUGAUGAAUGGAAAGGCCUCAGCGAGAGAAAGAAGUUUGUUGAACUUGAGGAAGCCCAAAUCGUUGAUGAAAUGGAUGCUCAGCAGUCCAAAUUGGAGAACGUAACCGCUUUGACACAUGCUAUCGAAGGAUUAGAAAUCACGAAUUUAGACGAGGGUCUUGACAAAAGAUGGGAAGAAAUUACUGCGAAAUUGGAAGACAUUGAAACAAACUAUCAAGACUUGAUUGAUGAAUGUCAUCUUCCGGAAGUUGCUGUUGCUGCUGUUCAUCCGUUGUUGAAGGAGUCUUUGGAGGACUGGGCUCCUCUGUCAAAUCCAAAGUAUCUAGUUUCACAUUUCCGCCGCUUACAUCGAUUCAUGUCCCGCACGAAAAAGGCAAACAUCGAAACACAAAAAUACCGUCAGUCAACUACACCAUACGAGUCUAUGAUGUACACUUUGUGGCUCCCCAGGGUUCGGUCCGCUCUAAUGAAUGAAUGGGAAGUUCAUAACCCUGGUCCUGCAACAUCACUUAUGGAGGAAUGGAAAGACCUUCUACCUGGAUUUGUAUAUUCAAAUAUACUAAAUCAGGUAAUUGUUCCUAAGCUCACCGCAGCACUAAAAUCCUGGCGGCCGAAGAGCAGUAAGAGCAAUGGCUCAUCACAAUAUUUCCCCUGGUGGCUUUUUGACUGGCUACAUUAUCUCGAUGAGCAUCAUACUGACCCCAAGGCACCAACUGGUCUGAUGUCAGAUGCGAAGAGGAAGUUUCGGGUGUUAUUGGAUACCUGGGAUCUGGGUCGUGGCCUUAUACACAAAAUUGAAGUGUGGAAAGAAGUCCUGGGCUCGGAAUUUGAUAAAGCUUUGCAGAAUCAUCUUCUACCCCGGCUUGGCUGCCACCUGCGGGAAGAGUUUGACGUUAAUCCACAGGAUCAGGACCUAACUGCGUUUGAAGAUGUGAUGAAGUGGAAGCCAUUCUUUAAACCCAGUGUUCUGGGGCUUCUACUCUCUGCCGAAUUUUUCCCAAAAUGGCAUGCUAUCUUGCACCUCUGGCUCACCUCAGAACCAAACUACGAUGAAGUUGGCCAGUGGUUCUCUUGGUGGAAGUCACAAAUACCAGACGAAGUCAAUGCUAUCCCCGAAGUUGCAGCGGAAUGGAACCGAGGCCUUGAAAUGAUGAACCUGGCCCUCGAUCUUGGAGACAAAGCAAAGACGGAUCUACCACCUCCUGCUUCCUCGUCAUCAUCUCAUCAAAAGCCAUCACACCACAAACUCCGCGACAAGAAUGCAAAUGGAAAACCUGCGAAAUCGCAAAAGGUACACAUUGAGGAGCCUUCCUUCAAAGAUAUCGUUGAGGAAUGGUGUGGCGACGAGGGUCUCCUCAUGGUUCCCCUCCGCGAAGCCCAUUUGCAGAGUGGUCUUCCUCUGUUCAGGAUCACGGCCAGUGCUAAUGGGAAGGGCGGUGUUCUUGUAUAUCUGAAGGGAGACGUAGUCUGGGCUCAAAACAAGAAGAUCAAGGAUACAUGGGAACCGACUGGAUUAGAUGCAGGGCUUGUCGCCCGUGCAGAAGGAAAUUGA